UGGGACGUCACACAUCACGUGAGCAAUGACAGCUCGGGAUAUUGUCAAAGAUAUAGGAGAAGUCUAUUCACGUAUUUUCGAUCAUCGGCCUUUCACAAGCGCUGAAAUUCAAUACUUUGUUCGAGAAUUCGAGGAAAAACGCAACGACCGGGAAGUGGAAAAUCUCUUUCUUUCCCUCCAGAAUACAUCUGAGGCCAAGGAUUCGGGGGUGUCAAAGUGCAAAGUGGCAUGUGAGGGACAUUUGGAUCAAUUGCAAAAAUCACUGGAAGUUGCUUUGACUGCCUGUCAGGAAGUGUCCAAU